AUGUCGCUGUCUACGUUGGGCUCCGUUUCGCCCCUCGUAUCGCCGUCGUCAGCUGCCGCAGCAGUAAGCUCUUCGCCAGUCGGGACCUUUCUGCAAUCCUUGUCGACCAAUACACAAGUAGUUGGUACCGCAUGGCUUGUCUCCAGCGCACUCUUUACAACCUACUCGACAACGGCCUUCUUGCAGUACAAACCACCACUCGUUGCGGUAACACCGACUCGGCGCAAAGACCAAAUGUUGGUGCACCCCGAUGAUCAACGGAGCAAUUUCUUCUCCCUUUCCCGACCCACUUUGCUAACCCUCUAUCGCUUUGGAGGAUCCCUAUUGCUGGGUUUGCUGUUGCACCCGGAUUUCCAGAUCCGACAACGUCUUCAUGAAACCCUCCAAGCCGUACCAACCUUUGGUCUUUCGGCCUUGUUUCUUUUUGUGGCCAACUUUAGCAAUUCAAUAAGCUUGAGCCGUAUCGGAAUCUCCCUCACCUAUACUUCCAAAUGCGCCAUCCCCAUCAUUACCGCGCUACUCACCGUCUUGCUGGACGGGCCGACGGCGUUGCCCAACACGCUGGCCCUCCUUUCGCUGUUGCCCAUUGCGGCUGGAAUUGCGGCCGCCUCUUGGAAUGCACCAACCUUUGAAAGGAUGGGCUUUGCGGCGGCUCUGGUCUCGGCGGCGUCGCAAUCCGCCCUGAACGUGACGAGCAAGCGAGCCAUGAUGCGGUCCAAUCUGACCGGGCCCUCUGCGCAACGAGUCAUGGUAGCCGUUGGUUUGUGCAUUACAUUAGUAGUAGUGGCCAUGCAGAACUACACCAACCAAAGUACGAAGCACAACGAUUCCUUGGUUGUGGAAGAGCAGCUAAAGCGGCAGAUUCCUCCGGUGUGGCUGAGUUGUGCAGCCUUUACGGCGUAUCACGCUGAGUAUGUACUGUCGUUUAUGUUUGUCAAACUCGUGGCCCCCAUCACGUACGGAACAUGUGAUGCGAUACGACGGUUGUCGGUGAUUCUAUCCGGACGAGUCUUCUUUGGAGGAGCCAAACUCACCAAGCUGAAUAUUGCCGGCAUUGCCUUGGCUCUCCUUGGUGCAUUGAGCUAUUCCGUAACUACGUCACUGUGAACAGUAUACAUAAACAAUGGUGCAAAAUGCACAAAA